GCUUGGACGAGCUUUUCGAUCGCAACCCUUCUUACAUCUACCGCUCGUAUCCUCGCCUGCUUCCUCUUCUCUCCAUCUACUGCCAGGCACCCAAGCGAGCAGUAAACGGGUCCUUUCCCGUCUUCACCUCCUCAUCCCGCCGACAGGCUUCACAUGCCGAUCUACGAACUAGACGAGAAACAGUCCUUCUAUUGUACCCGGCUCAAACGGGUCGUUCGAUAUCGCAAGUGGCGUUGAAUAACAAAAUAUCUGGCGUAGCACAACUCGAAUCGGAGGAGUCUGCACGACUUCAACAUGGCCGCGAAUGAGAACAAAACCACGGUUCCCCUCGACGAGGGUAACCUCCGCAGAAACAGUGUUGGAAUGUUGGAAAUCCAAGAUUCUCAUGGGAGGCGAAGGACAGUCCAGUUGGACGAACUGAGCGCAGCUGACAGGGCGUUGGCGGAACAGUUCGGUUACAAACCUGUGUUCAAGCGUGAAUUCGGUUAUCUGUCAACCUUCUCCUUCGCCGUGAGCAUCUCAGGGUUGUUCGCGACAACCUCAACGACGUUCAUCUAUCCUCUCGAAGCAGGUGGUUCGGCCUCGGUAGUAUGGUGUUGGUUGAUCUCCGGUGCCGGUUGCAUGUGCAUUGCAUGCUCUGUCGCCGAACUGGUCUCUGCGUAUCCGACCUGCGGUGGUUUGUACUACACUGUGUCCCGUCUGGCGCCGACGGAGUGGGUACCUUCGAUCUCCUGGGUCACCGGCUGGAUCAACUUGCUCGGGCAGGUUGCUGGUAUAGCCUCUUCUGAAUAUGGCUCUGCUCAACUUCUCCUGGCUGCUGUCUCGAUUGGCCGCGACUUCAACUGGUUCCCUACCACCGGUCAGACUGUCGGAGUUAUGGCUGCAUUGACCGUCCUUUGCGGCCUUGUCAACUCUCUUUCCACGUACUGGAUGGAAAAGAUGACCAAGACCUAUGUCAUUUUCCACUUCGCCAUUCUCCUUUCCUGUGCCGUUGCGCUUCUGGCCAAAACCGAGAACAAGCACGAUGCCAGUUAUGUCUUCACACAUGUCGAAGGCAAUGCAGGCUGGUUUCCGGUCGGCUGGUCUUUCUUGUUUGGUUUCCUGUCCGUCUCGUGGACAAUGACAGAUUACGAUGCUACUGCUCACAUCACUGAAGAAAUUGCGCAACCCGAAAUCAAGGCACCAUGGGCCAUCUCACUCGCCAUGUUGUUUACUUACGUGUUGGGCUGGCUCUUCAACAUCGUGCUCUGCUUCUGUAUGGGCGAUCCUGCGGAGAUUCUCGCCUCGCCAAUCUACCAGCCGGUUGCACAAAUCUUUUACAACUCGCUUGGCAAAGGGGCCGGCAUCUUCUUCACCGUCUGCGCGUUCAUCAUUCUCCAGUUCGUCUGCUUUACAGCAACGCAAGCGCUGGCGCGAACCGUGUUUGCCUUUUCCCGCGAUCGCUUGAUCCCACUGUCCCGGGUCUGGACUAAGAUCAACCCUAUCACGCAAACACCACUGUAUGCGGUCUGGAUCAGCAUCUUCUGGUGCAUUGCCAUCAACUUGAUCGCACUGGGAUCUUACAUCGCCAUCGCAGGUGUCUUUAACGUCUGCGCCAUUGCUCUGGAUUGGUCAUACGUCAUCCCGAUCGUCUGCAAGCUCUGGUUUGGCAAAUUCAAGCCCGGUCCGUGGCACAUGGGCAAGUUCUCGCCUUAUAUCAAUGCGUGGGCGUGUAUUUGGACGUUGUUCGUCACGAUUAUCUUCCUCAUGCCAACCAUUCGACCUGUGACAGCUGAAAACAUGAACUAUGCCAUCGUCUUCAUGGCUUUCAUCUUGUUUUGUGCCGCGGUCUUCUGGUAUUUUGGCGGUAAGAGCUACUACACCGGUCCUCUUAUCGAAGCCGAGAUUCAGCAGGAAGAAGUGACUACGCCAUCUCUGUCUGAAAAUGAGAAGAAGGAAGUGGACAGUCGGGCUCCGGAUGUAGUUGCGUGAGUGCUCUUAUCCGUAGGAGGAAAUUCAUGCACGGAGUGUGGACGACACCGCUCGAGAUCAGUUAGUCGGGAUGAAGUUGUGCCAAGUGGGCAGAUGAAAGUUUGCUAUUAAGGGGUUAACUGGGGAGAGGCUGUGCAAUGUGUACGGAUUGGAUUGCUCAAUGUGCUUUAGCAACAAAAGUCAGCUACCCAGGUAUAUAAUCCACUGUUUCAUGAACAUGAGCUGGGACUUUACCGGCUGUAUGCGGU